AUGUCUGUUCGACCUCUUGUAGAAGAUGUUGAGGAGAUGUUUGGGAGAACAAAAGCGUACCUUAUGAACGCCAACAAGGAUGGCGUCAGCGUCUAUGAUCAACUCACCCGAUUGAUGGAGCAGUUGCUGGAUGAGAACCCACAUGACAUUGCCGCUGACCCAUCGAGAUUUAACGAAAUUUUUACCCUUUUGCAGCAAAGCAGCUUUGUGAAUGGACAAAGUACCCCUGCGUGUAACGAGCCUUGUUCUGUCCCACCGUUUGAACUUGCGCGCCUUGCGGACAAUGAACGCCUGUUUGAUCGUCCGCCUCCUGAAACAUUGACAACAAUAGAACAGCCAGAUCCAUAUACGACAGUUACAACAACACGGAUAAAGCCACACACCGCUCCCCCAUAUGACUCUGUUGCUCAGCACAAUCUUUACUGGGCUUGGGCAGGAUGCGGUGUGACGGAAGAAGAAGCAUUUUUACUGGAUCGAUCCAUCACGAUGCUGGCAAUGGAAAAGAAGCUGAGAGAUGUUCGCUUUUUUGGAAAAAUUUUUGGCACAAAAGCUGACUACUACGUGGUUUCCAGUCAACGCUAUGUUCAAGAUGGAGAAAAAGUAUACAAAGAAGUCAACACCAUGCCUCGUCCUGCGCGACGCAAGUUGGAAGUACCUGUGCAACCUGAGCCGGGCUUUGUUGGAGUAAAUCGACUCUCAUUUUGGGUAACAUCUCAUCCUGCUGCCGAAUGGAAGUUGCUUCCAGAUGUGACACCACAGCAAAUCUUGGCAGGGAGGCGGAUCAAGAGGCUGUUUACCGGUGAUUUAAAUGCGGCUGUUAUUGCCAGCCCCCCGUUCGAAUGGAAUGAAGCUGUUUACCUUCGUGUGCAGCUUAGCCGUAUUGCCAGCGGGACAUACAUCUCUCCAAUGGGGGCUCUUGAAGAGCCAGAGGAAGAGGUUGAUGAGGAGGAAGAAGCCGAGGACGAUGAGGGGGAUGCUGCUAAGAAGCCCAGGGAGGCGAAAUACCGCCCACUCACCCAACCAGUGAAGGGUUUUGCCUCAGAGGAAGAUUCUGACGUCACACAGUGGGCGAAGCUUGAUCAAUGGGUUCACUCGGAAGGCUACAUCUAUGCCAAUGGUAGGCAGACAAAGGUUCCAGAGAAGCAGGAGGAUGAGGAGGAAGAGGAAGCAGAGGAGCUGCAACAGCAGCAGCAACAGGAAGAGGAAGAGGAGGAGGAGGAAGAGGAGGAAGAAGAAGAAGAGAGGGAACUUUUUACUCCUAUUAACCUUGACUUCCUGUACGCGGUCAUUAACAUCCCAGAACCACCGAAGGUGGACGAGGAGGAUGAAGAGGAGGAAGAAGAGGACGACGACCCCGCGGAGGAUGCGGCGGACGCGGAGAAAGACUUUGACGACAUGCCGCCAAAGCCCGUCACUGACGCUGAUGUACCCGACGAUGAUCCGACGAAGGUAAAGAUUGCCGCUUGGACAGUACGGGUCGUAAACAACAACAGCAAGAAGCAUCGCGUGGUAGUGGUUCGUUCUUUGCGUUGGCCAGGCGCUGUUGCAUUCGCCGCGGAGGGCGGCAAAAAGUGGGGCUGUGUCUAUUUUGGUAACGGACUCAAUAAGACAGAUUUCAGCUUUACGCCCACGCUUGCCCCACCGGUGCUCCCAGAGUGUGGUGACAUCACGGAGGUAGAUGAUCCCACACCGGCAACGGAGAAGUUGGUCCGCCGAGGUGAGGAUCCACCAGAACCGGACUCUGAGGAUGAAGUUGAAGAAGAAGAGGAAGAGGCGGAGGGAGACAUGUAA